AUAUCGAUACCUCAUAUGAUUGCCAUGCUCUGUACCAUUUUUAGGCUUGUUUACAGAGGUUGGAUGCGUCACUUGUGGUGGGAAGAUGCAUGGGCAGCAUGUUCACUGAUCUCAGAUGUUAUUUGCCUGCUAUGCAUCUGGAUCCAUACCUCGAUAAGUUGUGAGUGUUCGUCUUCGCGCUCCAAUAUUGACCUUACUUUUAUGUCAGUCCCUGCCUGGAUCUUCUCUGUGGCUUUCACCUCCGUUGUCUGGUGCGCAUCGGCUGCGCGUAUGAGCAUGAUUUUCUCCAUCAUCCGAAUUGCCCGCCCCUCAGGUCACAAGUACCAGAAAUGGAUCACCUAUCUCAUCACAGUAUCCUUCGCAUGUAUGUGGGCCGUAGUACUGGUUUCGAAGGAUAGCACGUGCGUCUUCAAAUGCCAGAAGACCAUGUCAGUAGCGCUCGUGCAAUUGAUUACGGAUGUCGUCGCGGAUGUUUCCCUCAUUCUUGCGCCUCUGCUGUUCUGGAAAAAUACAAAGCUCUCAAGCAACCACAAAAUAUUGAUCCUCUCCCCAUUCUGCGCAUCGCUUCUUAUCACUGCCAUUACAAUCCCCCAUUCUGUAAUGCUCUUCCACUCCGCCUCAGAAACGACGCUCAUCAUCGCUCACGUCAAGGCCGCCCUCAGUCUCGUCGUCUGCAACCUCUUGGUGAUCGUCACUUCGAUAUACUGCGUG